AUGGGGGGGAUUGGUUUGCUCGCGUCGGAUUUGGUAAUCUCGUUUAUGUGGGUAUGGUCGGGGGUCCUGAUUAAGAUCUACGUGUUUAGCUUUCUGGGGUUUGGCCACGGACCCAGCGGUGAGAUUAUCAAGUGCGCCCUUUCGAUUUUGAACAUGUUUUUCUUUGCGUUGCUGGGUAAGGUGACCAACGGUGGCACCUACAAUCCUUUGACCGUGUUGAUCGGCGCGUUCACCGGGGGCUUCAGGCGCUUUCUUUUCACUGUUGCUGCCAGAAUCCCUGCUCAGGUUAUUGGCUCUAUUGCUGGGGUUAGGUUCUUAAUUGCGACCUUUCCCGAAAUAGGUCUGGGGCCUCGUUUGAACGUUGACAUCCAUCGAGGUGCUCUUACAGAAGGAUUGCUGACGUUUGCAAUUGUUACUAUCUCGCUUGGACUCGCCAGAAAAAUCCCUGGGAGUUUCUUCACGAAGACGUGGAUUUCCAGUGUUUCUAAGUUAACUCUUCAUAUUCUUGGCUCUGAUCUGACUGGUGGUUGCAUGAGCCCAGCCUCUGUGAUGGGAUGGGCUUAUGCUCGCGGCGACCAUAUUACCAAGGAGCAUAUCAUGGUUUACUGGCUUGCCCCGAUAGAGGCCACUCUGCUGGCAAUAUGGACAUUUAGGGUUGUCGUUCCACCAGUCCAAGAGGAGAAGGUAGAAAACAAGGCUAAAUCAGAAUGAAGAAAUUCCACUGCAUUUCUCCAUGUCUUACGGACGUUCUAACCUGUCGACAUUUAGAGAAGAUCGACGAUGGUUGAAUUAAGCAAGUUUCUCCUGUAUAUGAAAUCAUUGUGCCUUUGAAUUUGUUAUCUAUGAAAUGGAGGGUUCGGCCCUUCCCCA